GAAUGUGAGCUCAUUAGUUAUUUAAGCAUGCCAUUCAGUAUUGUUCCUGCCUUUUUUCUUGCCUGUGCAGAUUUUAAACUCUUGAUAAGGAGUAUGUAAAUGUGUGCUUAGAAACGUUUCCUUAAAUAUAAUAAUAGGAGCAUGCUCUGAGGCUGGGAUUAUGUGAGUUAGUACCUGCUGAGACCUGUGCUUGGUACAGAGUGAACCCCAUACAGGUGUUUACUGUGUAUUAUUAUUAUUGUUCAUGAAAACCUGUCGUAACUACAGGUGUAUUUCUCAUUGGACAGUUAAGAAUAUGUUUUCAUUCUCCUAAUUAAGGGUGGUUAAUCGUUCCAAGGCGAUAAAUUGUAAGGAUGACAACAGAGAAGACAAAGGAAAUUUCUGAAUGCAGAUUGAGAGAAACCUUUACUAUGAAUUUGAAAGUCUCAGUGACAUGCAAUAGAACUUUAUAGUAUAAAUUCAUAUGCCACACUUUGCGUUAUGAAGUUGUAAUGUAAUGAUUCUAUUGAUAGGGUAAUGCAUUGUAGUUCAGAACAUGCUCAGGGUUGAUGGUGAAAUGUCCCCGUUUCUGCAGCCCUGGUCUGUCUAGUUCUCAUCUCCCCUGUCAUCCUCCUGGGGUUACCAGUUCCUUGUACAUUACCAGAUUUGUGUGUGUGUGUGUGUGUUGUGUGUGUUGUGUGUGUGUGUGUGUUGUGUGUGUUGUGUGUGUGUUGUGUGUGUGUGUGUUGUGUGUGUGUGUGUGUCAAGUUUCCUUUAGAGUCUGGCUGUGUUUUAAAAGUUGAGCCCUGGACAUGUGAUCCCUGGUGUGUGUAUGAGGUGAGGUUGUCAGUAAAGGGCCAUUGACAGGCCUCCUCAUCUGACCCACCCCUGUCCCUGUUUGCCCACUCUGCAUGAGGAACACUGGCCUUCUUGCCACUUUUGGAAUUCUGGGACCCAGACCACAGUCUUUGCCCAGGAGUCUGCAUGGCUUGCUCCCACACUCUGUCCUGCCUUUUCUCAACAUCCUGCCCGUGUCCUUGUUUGUUAGCUGGUGCACCUGUCACCUGGCUUGAUCGUAUACAUUGAUCACUUGAUUUGUUUAUGGCCCGUCUAUGUCUGUUAGUAGGAAGCACUGUGAGAGCAGGGAAUGUGUGUUGCUAUAUCCCCAGGGCCUAGAACAGCCCUGGCUCAGAGGAGGACUUUGGUAAAUAUUGCCGAAUGAAAAAAUGUCUGCAAAAAGACUGGUUAAGCAGAAUUAAGUGGGCUCAUUUACCAUGGGACUUUUCAGAACCUUUAAUAAGUGAAUGCGCAUAUUAGAAGUGGGGCCUGGCAGGUGGGAGGCAAACUCAUCAGCAGAGUAAGAAAGGCACUGUGCUUCUGGAUGACACCUCAGACUUGGGGAAAAGCUGCUGGCAGGAAUGGUAUUGGCAGCUGAACAAAAUGAAUUUACAAGUUUCCUUUUCAAAAUGCAGGGGAGGAAGGAUUUGCAUCAAGAGAUGGUAAUAGUAACAUUUCCAUUGUUAGUAAUUACAAACAUGUACAAUGUGUGCUAUUUUUCUUUUAUUUAAGAUGGGGAAGGGGGUAGAUUAGGGCUUCUUGUAGAUUGUUUCUUCCCUGACCCUACUUUCCCCAUAAGGCCUUAAGUUCUUUGGCUGCCAGUUCAGCCUUGUGGGUUGAAUUGAGGAACCAAACCCUCUGAUUUGGUUUCAGAUCCUGACAUCUUGACUUGUGAAAAUCCCAUUUAAUGACUGGAAGUAGAAAAGCUCUGAAGAUGGAUAUGCAGAUUCUAGGGGUCAGGAGGCUCUGUUCAGGGCCUGCGCCAUGACCGAAGGGAGGGCGUGCAGGGGCUCAGGUUCCGCUCCCACCAUUAGCUCUAGAGGCACUCUGGGAGUUGUCUUGGCUCCUUGAACAAAGGGGAGUUAAUUACAGAAAAUGCCAGGCUUUUUAAAGGCCAUUUGUCCCCUAGCUGUAGGGAGAGCAGCAGCCCUUGGCAGAGUCCUGAGGAAGGACUCUUUAUGUCAGGCCCCAGUCCUCUUGUAGACAGAAAUAAUGAGCCUUGGUGGUGUCAUCCUCAGAUAGGAGGCAAACCCCAUGGUGAAAUUCUGUAUUCAAGGAAACAAUGCAGAGAAUGGGGCAGACUUAGAGGAGCUGGGGAGAAGUGAAUUUGGAAUGCCUCUCUUUAAAAAAAAAAAAAAGGGACAGAGUUUUGUGUUGUUUUCCAAAGUCAGACAAAGCCUAAUUCUACAGAGUCUAGUUAACCGUAGGUGGGAGGGCUGGAAAGGAGAGUGAGAUGAAGGCAGUGAUGGAAGGUCUUAGAUUCUAAUUAAACCUCUUUUAGCUGUGUAUUUGGAACACUUGUAAUUCAGAGCAUCAAUAGACUCUCGUUGACUAGAUGCUUUUUUGCUGCCAAUUUUCCUUCUUAAGAUGGAAGGAGGUGGUGGGAGAAUGGCAUUUAUGCCAGAAUGCCUAGAGUCUGCAUUUUAACAAGAUCCCCUAGGGGAUUCAUGUAGGCAUUAAAAUUUAAGAAGGGGUGAGGUCCUGGACCAGCAAUUCUCAGUCCCAGCUGCUCAUCAGAGUCACGAACAGAGCUUUUAAAAAAUGCCUGGGUACUGCCUCCAGAGAUUUGUGUUGUCUUGGCUGGGGUAUUCUUGGGGCACUGUGUUUCUUGGAAGUUUCCCAGGUGUCCAGCCAGGGCUGUGAUCCACCACCCCAGACAUAAAGCCAGACACCUUCAGGUAGAUGUCUAGAUUCAGAAGGCACAUAAUCCCGAAGCAAAUGACACCGCGCUUAGCUGGGCACACCACUCUUUAGGAUUCAUCAAAACCCACCACACCAGAUAAUGUGGAUCCUCCUAGCUCAUCUGCUGGCUUCUAGAGCCACAGCCAGAGAUGAUGGGAUGUGGAGCACCCCACCGGGGUUGCUUAUACCCAGUUAGAGUUCUCCCUCCUCCAUGAAUGAAAAUGGCCUUGAGACUGGGCAGUGGCUGAGUGGACAUUUGCUUUUUGCACCUUUGACUCUGCUGCUGAAGAAACUGUUUCAAAAUUUAAAUCAGGUCAUGACAUCACCACCCCUCUUCUCAUGUAAAACUCUCUUCAGGGGCUCCCAUUGCUUGCAAGGAAAAGCCCAUAAUAGCUCUGGAAGGCCCCAUGUUGUCUGGCCUGCAUCUGCCUCAGCCUGUGCCCCAGAACUCCAGCAACAUGGGCCUGUCUUUAGUUACUCAGGGGCCCGUUCCCUUGGCCUGGAACCCUGCCCUUCACCCUAGGUAACUGUGCUGGCCCAGACCACUCUGCCCAAGGCACAUCCCCUUGUAUUUUCUCCCCACAGCACCAUGUGCCUCUCACACUAUCAAGUACCACUCCUCAGAUAGAUUCUUUCCUUCGUGUGGGCCUGUUAGAUGACAAGCUCUGUAAGGACAAGAACUGUGUGUGUUUGGUUAGGGACUCAGGAUCAUAUCCUUGGCAGCUGUUUUACUGGAUGAAUACACUGGAUAAUGAAUAAUGAGCUUGAAGUCAUUAUUUUUAGGUUAUUUUGUCCUUAAACUUGUAUGCACAUACACACCUACUCAUGUUUGAGCGCUGUAUUUUGUUAACUGUAGAGAUAUUGGACCUGAGGGAAGUGGGUAUUUUGAGAGAGGACCAGGCUGUAGUCUUACUGGUUCUGAUUGGCUCAUGUAGGAUGUGACUUGUAGAACAAGUCCCAGUUUUCUAAAUUUUUAACUAGGCCGGGUGUGGUGGCUCACGCCUAUAAUCCCAGCACUUUGAGAGGCCAAGGCGGGUGGGUCAUUUGAGGUCAGGAGUUCAAGACCAGCCUGGCCAACAUGGUGAAGCCCCAUCUCUACUAAAAAUACAAAAAUUUUCCGGGUGUGGCGUGCCUGUAAUCACAGCCACUCAGGAGGCUGAGGCAGGAGAAUCACUUGAAUCCAGGAGGUGGAGGAUGCAGUGAGCCAAGAUCGAACCACUGCACUCCAGCCGGGGCGACAGAGAGACACCCUGCCUCAAAAAAAAAAAAAAAAGAAAAGAAAAAAUGCUUAUUGCAAAUAUUUCAAAUAUGAAUUGUAUAAAGUACAAAAAGACCUCUUACUGUCCUCUCAUGAUUUUAUUGUAUGUAUUACAUAUAUGUGUGUAUGUUUGUAUAUGUGUGUAAUCAUAUAUAUUUCACACAUACAUGAUUUUUUUAACAAAUGAGAUCAUACAUUCCAUCCUGCAACUUGUCUUUUUUGUUUACUGGUAUAUCUUGACACUUUGGAUAUGGAUCUACGUCAUUGGCUUGCCUUUCAUCAUAGAGUUUUAUUUAAAAUGAAAAUGUUUUUGGACUUUGGCAUGAUUUCCUAAUCCCCCCCCAUCAAUGUGUUUUAAGUAGUAAGUGUAUUUGAAUGCAGAUACAUACUGUGGCUUAGAUCAUUUUGUUUUCAGAUAAUACUGAAGUCCUUAUAGCAUUUGGUUGUUUUCUAGUCUCAGUUAAUGGAUAUUAAACAUAGAACUGCUCUGUGGAGACUAGAGAAAUAUUUUGAGGUUGAAAGGGGGCCUCAUUCUUGAAAAAGCCUGGAGACCCUCAGGGAGAGGGUUGGGCAGGCUGCCUCCUGAAGUACCUUUCCACGUUCCUGAGUUCUAGUAAGUUGCUCAGUUGACACAGUCAUUCAGCAAAUAGUGAUUGUUGGCUCGUGGUACGCCAGGCACUGUGCUGGUCCCUGCUGUCCUGACCAGCAUGAGCCCACAUUCUGCAAGGAGAGCAAACGGCACACAGCGAGAGCAUCUGGGCUGUGCUAGGUGCAGUGGAGGAAGUGGAGCAAGGUCAGGUGGUGCAGAGCGGUGCUGGGGGUACCACCUAGGUGGUGAUGAGGUAGAGCUGACUCUUCCUCUGCUCCCCAUGGGAAAGGGAGCAGGCCCUGCUCACCCCGAGUGUACAACAAGCCCAGUGGCUGGGAGCAGCUCCUCAGAGAGCUCCCUCCUGGACUCUGCAGUGACUGCCCACAGGCUCUGUGGGCUGCAAGGGGCGCUACAGCCAGAUAUGGGCAUGCUGGCAAGCAGCUGUGCUUGAAAUGCUGAUAGGGGCCUGGGGUGUAAUGCUCUUCUCAAGAGAGUGGUUUUGGCAGGGCUAGGGUUUUGCCCCUGAAGCUUUGCAAAUCCAUAUCCCCCACUGGAGUCUCCACGUGUCCUGGUACCAUCCUGGGGACAAGAAGCAGGGAAUAAGCAGGGGAAGGAGGUGGGAACCCUGCAGUCCAUCCUUCUCCUGUCCUAAUGGAGUGGCCAGGGAAGGGACUCUCUGUAUAUCUUAGUUUAGUAAGAGUUUGCAGAAGUCAAGUUAAAAAUGGAUUUUUUGGGCCGGGCGCAGUGGCUCACGCUUGUAAUCCCAGCACUUUGGGAGGCUGAGGCGGGCGGAUCACGAGGUCAGGAGAUCGAGACCACGGUGAAACCCCGUCUCUACUAAAAAUACAAAAAAAAAUUAGCUGGGCGUGGUGGCGGGCGCCUGUAGUCCCAGCUACUCGGAGAGGCUGAGGCAGGAGAAUGGCGUGAACCCGGGAGGCGGAGCUUGCAGUGAGCCGAGAUUGCUCCACUGCACUCCAGCCUGGGCGACAGAGCGAGACUCUGACUCAAAAAAAAAAAAAAAAAAAAAAAAGAUUUUUUGAAAAUGAAAUAACCAUCUGAAAGAACACAUUGGAUGAUACAUUGUCAGUUGCAUGAUUGUUGAGACAGUCCUCUGACUGAUGGGUGUGCAGGUAGCUGUUUGUUCUCGUGGAUGAAAAAUGGGAGCCCGAAGAGCUCUUCAGUGACACACCCACAGCCACCUAGCUGGGGAGAGGGUGAGUAUAGACCAGUCCCUGACCCCCUGCCCGGGUGAAAGACUAGCUACGGAGAUGGUGAGUGCAGACCAGUCCCUGACCCCCUGCGCGGGUGAAAGACUAGCCACGGAGAUGGUGAGUGCAGACCAGUCCCUGACCCCAGGCCAGGUGAAAGAAGCUAAGAGCUCCUGACUUUAAAUGAAAAUCCAAUACUUAUGAAGGCACAUAUGGCUUCAGGAUAGUGCGCCUCUGUUUUCACCUCGCGUAGAUGGAGAAAUCCUAUCCCUAGGCCACCUGGCUUCCUGGAGAGCAGAAGAGGUGCUCCUCAUUUUCAGGCAACCCUAUUGGUGACCCCAGGAAACACACGAAGCCUUAUACACGGGCACCUGAGGGUGGCCUGCGACCCAUUCGGAGAAAACCCAGGCAGCUUGGCAGGUGUUGAACUCCCCACUGCAGGCUGUAUUCAGGUGUGGCCGGAUAACCACGUGGUGUGUGUGUCAUGGAUCCUAUUUGCAUUCCAGAUGCCUGGUUCCUGUGAGAUUCUAGGAUGUAAAUGUUGAGACAAGGAGAGUGAUUUACCUGGGUCUUCAUGGAGCUCUGACCCACCCAGGGUUAGGAGGCUCUCUCUGAAAUUAUUUGCCGUCAGCACCGUGUUGAGGGGACCACUUCUCCCUGCCAUGCAGAAGUGAUGAAUGGCCUCAGUCAGUUGGUGGAAGCCAGCUCAGCCCAGGGUCGUGUCUGUACGUGGAGAGCUUUGGCUUGAAGAAGCACUGUGUUAAAGGAAGAGUCAGUGAAUGGCUGCAGUGUGACAACAUGCACCACCAGUGGCUUCUGCUGGCCGCAUGCUUUUGGGUGAUUUUCAUGUUCAUGGUGGCUAGCAAGUUCAUCACGUUGACCUUUAAAGACCCAGAUGUGUACAGUGCCAAACAGGAGUUUCUGUUCCUGACAACCAUGCCAGAAGUGAGGAAGUUGCCAGAAGAGAAGCACAUUCCUGAGGAACUGAAGCCAACUGGGAAGGAGCUUCCAGACAGCCGGCUCGUUCAGCCCCUGGUCUACAUGGAGCGCCUGGAACUCAUCAGAAACGUCUGCAGGGAUGAUGCCCUGAAGAAUCUCUCGCACACUCCUGUCACCAAGUUUGUCCUGGACCGAAUAUUUGUCUGUGACAAGCACAAGAUUCUUUUCUGCCAGACUCCCAAAGUGGGCAACACCCAGUGGAAGAAAGUGCUGAUUGUUCUAAAUGGAGCCUUUCCUUCCAUUGAGGAGAUCCCCGAAAACGUGGUGCACGACCACGAGAAGAACGGCCUUCCUCGGCUUUCUUCCUUCAGUGAUGCAGAAAUUCAGAAGCGAUUGAAAACAUACUUCAAGUUUUUUAUUGUAAGAGAUCCCUUCGAAAGACUUAUUUCUGCAUUUAAGGAUAAAUUUGUUCACAAUCCCCGGUUUGAGCCUUGGUACAGGCAUGAGAUUGCUCCUGGCAUCAUCAGAAAAUACAGGAGGAACCGGACGGAGACCCGGGGGAUCCAGUUUGAAGAUUUUGUGCGCUACCUGGGCGAUCCGAACCACAGAUGGCUAGACCUUCAGUUUGGGGAUCACAUCAUUCACUGGGUGACGUAUGUAGAGCUCUGUGCUCCCUGCGAGAUAAUGUACAGUGUGAUUGGACACCAUGAGACCCUGGAGGACGAUGCCCCGUACAUCUUAAAAGAGGCUGGCAUUGACCACCUGGUGUCAUACCCGACCAUCCCUCCGGGCAUUACCGUGUAUAACAGAACCAAGGUGGAGCACUAUUUCCUGGGCAUUAGCAAACGAGACAUCCGACGCCUGUAUGCACGUUUCGAAGGGGACUUUAAGCUCUUUGGGUACCAGAAACCAGACUUUUUGCUAAACUAAUACAUAGGACCUAUGAAUUCAAAUAUCUUUAUUAGACCCGGGGCUAACCAGGUAGAGAUCUGAGCCCAGAAAUGACCCUUCCUCCACCACACCCCUCCUUUUAGGAUGCCCGGGGUCUCCCACGGGCCUGUGAGUUGCCUCGGCAUAUGACGCAGGACCCCGACUGUUACAACUUAGUUUGGAUGUAAGAUGCUCUGAGGACCCUGCCCACACCCCUGCCAUUGUCAUUAGGAUGUUGCUGGCCUUUGCUCACCUCAGAGGGGAGAAAAGACUAAAGAUUUGCAGUUUGACAGCCCAGCAGGGAGGAAGCAUCACACAGCAUUAGGAGCCAUUUCUCUCAGGUGUCAAGGAAGGGGAUGCCCCUGAGGUUCUCCUGGCUAGUCGGGGUAGCUUCACCCAUCACUGGUGGGUUGCAGGAACAGUACCCAGCACUCUGAGGAGGGACAGAGAAGCAAGGGGACUGCUGAAAUCGCAGAGGCUUUUGCAGCAUCAGAUCUGAGGAGUAAAACGGCACCUCUGGCCUUCAUCUUGGUGCUGCUACAAUUGUGAAGGCAAAGCAUUCUUUCUGUGACUGUUUUGUUCCUGUAGACAGUCAGCGAUGGCCAGAGGGUGGUGUGGUGUCCAGGGAUCCAUCUUUCCAGAAUCCAUGCCUGUGUAAUGCUGGUCCAUGCUUCUGAACCUGUGUCUGCCAAGCGCCUAUUUCAUUCGCCAUAAGAGAUAACGAUUUUAGAAGGUAAGGGGAGGGGAGGCUUUUUCUACCUGAGAAGGGGAAUGUCUUUGGGGGCCUUAAAAGGAACAUGGCCCAGGAAUGGGAAGGCUAGUUGGGCUUGGAGCUCAGGCUGCUGUGGAUUCGGCACAUCAGUUCUGACUUGCCUUACCUGGGUGGACAGCAGUGAGUCUCCACCUGUCUCCGCCAGGGAGCUCCCACAUUGGGGCUGAAGACGAGCAGGGGCAACAUGUCAGCAUCAUAGAAUUCAGUGUAGUUUACACAUUUCGAUUCCUUUCAUCUCAGCAAAAUGGGCACCACCAGAGCCAUUUCUGAUCACACCACCAUCCUGGACCAUGUGACUGGAAGGUGGGUAACCAAGUUCACCAGCAAUAAAACCCAGGGCCCAGGUAGCCUCCAGCAGCGCAGCUUCCUGGCAGCGAGGUAGGCCCUGGUGCAGGGCAAGCCUCAGCAACCAUUUCAGAUAAUACCGUCCACAGCCAGGGCCGCUGAGAUCUGGGACAGAUUCCUGGGAUGAGUGCCAGCCUGACCCUGCAUGGUGCCGCCGAGCCCAGGAUAGAGGAGGGAGCCAGGCUUUGCUUCAAGGCGGCCUCUACCUUUUCUCAGAAUGGUUUCCUGAUUGUGUCAAUGUGAAAGUAAAAUAAAAUUUAUGUGCCAAACCUGA